AUGGAGGGGAAGCUCUAUGAAGCAGCGGUAGAGGGAAGUGUCAUUUCUUUGCUUAAUUUGCUUCAUGGGGAUGCAUUGCUUCUUGACAGAUUUAUCACCGGCUGUUACCCUGAAACACCUUUGCAUAUAGCUUCUAUGGUUGGACAUGCAGAAUUUGUGGAAGAAAUUGUCACUCGAAAGCCUGAAUUAGCUGAAGAACUUGACUUACGAAGAUCAUCACCACUUCACUUAGCAUCUGGAAAAGGGCACCUCAACAUAGUGAAAAGAUUGCUCCAGGUUAAUGCUGACAUGUGCCUUGUUUGUGACAGAGAUGGUAGAAACCCUCUGCACGUUGCUGCAAUCAAGGGUCGUAUGAAUAUUUUGAGAGUUUUGGUUCAAACCAGACCCAAAGCAGCUCGAAUGCUGAUAGAUGGGGAAGAAACCAUUUUGCAUGUGUGUGUGAGGUAUAACCAGCUGGAGGCACUGAAGUUCUUGCUGGGAACUAUUGCCGAUCAUGAAUUUGUCAAUUUCAGGAAUUCUGAAGACAAUACUAUCUUGCAUCUAGCUGUGGCUGACAAACAAAUCGAGGUUGUAAACUUUUUGAUUGCAACUACCACAGUAGAAGUGAAUUCUAUAAAUGCAGAUGGCUUUGCACCGAUGGAUCUUUUGUUACAAGAUGAAAGAUAUCCAAAAUUUAUGGCAAUUUCAAGGUCUCUUCAAUGUGUUGGAGCUGUGCGUUCAAAGGAUACCUAUUUAUCAAAGCAUAAACUUAAAGAUGUAAGAACCAAGAUCUUAUCUCCACCUACAUGUUAUCAAAUGAAUGUUUCUUACUCCAAAUAUAAAGUUUCAAAGAAUAUUAAUGGUAAGAGGCACGAUGAUAAUUGGCUAGGAAAAAAGCGAAGUGCAUUGAUGGUGGUAGCAUCACUGCUUGCUACCAUGGCUUUCCAAGCUGGUGUCAACCCCGCUGGUGGUAUUUGGCAAGACGACUCUCAAGUUGACUCCACAUCAAAGCCGCACAAGGCAGGAAGUUCCAUCAUGGCAGAUACUCAUCCAAUUCAAUAUAAAUAUUUCCUGGUUUACAACUCCGCAGGUUUUAUGUCAUCUUUCGGCAUUAUCCUAUUGCUCAUGAGUGGAUUACCAUUAAACGGGAGAUUUGUCGUGUGGAUUUUCAUGGUGAUUAUGUGGGUUGCUUUAUAUGCAAUGUCAAUGUCAUAUCUGAUUUCAAUUUUUGGUUCAAUACCUUUUGGUGACUCCACAGUGCCUUUGAAACAUCAUCCUGUUGCUUAUAAGUGGAUUACCAUUAAGUACUGUUCGCUCGGCUUGACGCUCCUGCUUCUUCUUGGACACACUAUUCGGCUGACAAUCAGAUUGAUAAUGUAUCUGCUGAAAAUAUUUUCCAAAGAGCUAAUUACAAUUUUGGUACUUGAACUUUGAAAAAAAUGU